AUGCUCAUUAAAUAUUAUACCUUGGAAAUUGAGUCGCUCAAGUCUGAGCUUGAAAUGUUUGAGCAUACUAUCACUAGGGACACGGACCUUGCAAGGUACAGAUUCGAUUAUGGCAGGAUUUUCUCAAGUAUAGAUUCCAGUCUGGCAGAAGCCAUUGAGACUAAAAAGAAGAAAAUUGUAAGAGACAUUAAUGAUUAUUCAAAGGGUAUGGCUUAUCCCCCGCCCCUGGAAACCUCUAAACCUAUGGUGAAUGCUCAUGAUUCAUUUGAGCAAUGCCCACUCAAUGACGUGGACAAUUUGAAUUCUGCUGCCAGAAUAAAGAUUGUUGAACCGGACAUACAAACACCUUCAGUACGGCGCAGCGAGCAGAUUAGGAAUAAUCAGCAGCAAACUAAUAACCACCAACAAAGAGAGGCUGCAAAUAACAACAACAAUGUGAAUAGGAAUAAUCAACAGGGUUUUCAGAAGCGUCGGGGGAACCAACACAAUCAAUGGCUGAAGAGCAGGAACAAGGGACACCAGAGGAGAUGUCAGAAUCGGUGA